UCUCUCUCUCUCUCUCUCUCUCACUCUCACACACACACACACACACACAUUCUCUCUUUCUGUACCGUAUAUACAUAUUGUGCUAAUUAGGCUAAUCGUUACGCGUCACAACUUUGAAAAAACACCUUUAUGUUCGACCUGUUACUGCUAUUGAUGGAUGGAUGGAUGAAAUUCGUUCGGCGUUUUUGGUUCCCGUGAUAAUAAAAAAAAACAAUAAUUUUCUGAGUCGGUUUAUCGUUUCAACCGUAAAUAAAAGGUUGAUGGAUCCAGCACAGCCUGAGCAAAGCGCUGCAUUCCUGAUGCCAUCUACGGGAAAUCUUAGCCCAUCUUCAGUUCCCACCCUGCCUCCUCCAGCUUCAGUUUGCCCCACCACAAAGACAUUAAACCCUCCAGCACUCAGCACUGCCAAGACAUCAGAUACAUCCCUGCAGGAAUGUGGAGGCCCAGUGUCCACCUCUUUAGUGUCCGGCUCUGUUAGCAUCAGCCGACCUAGGCCCACUGCCAGAUCGGGGGUAAAAUCCCCCAGAACUGUGGACCCUCCUGCUAUUUUAGCGACAAGCUCUACAUCUCAAUCCCCUACAGAGUCACUGCAAGGACGCCGCAGCCCACAGAGCUCACAAAAUGCUCAACUUAACCCAGUCAAAGAUGCUCAGCUCAGUCCAAAUAAACCGCUAAGUCCAAUUCAGACCCAGCUGAGCCCCAGCACCAAGCCUAACUCAUUAACUUUCCCUAGUCCUUCUGUAACCUCUGGUUUUCUCCCUAAACCAAACUUAAAUGCUCAGUCUAUCCUUAUUCCUCAACCUAAUCUCCAGAGCCAAACUCCAGAGCCGAUCAUCAUAAGUCCUGGCACUGCAGAAAAAGCUCCACAUAAGAAGUCCACCAACGAUGAUGGAGAUUUCAGGGUUCACAUUGUCACAUGGAACGUCGGUUCAGCGAUGCCACCCGAUGACAUCAGCGGGUUGUUCAGCCCAGGAGUCAGUGAUGGGAGCACAGACAUGUUUAUCGUUGGGCUGCAGGAAGUGAACUGUAUGAUCAAUAAGAGGCUGAAGGAUGCACUCUUCAUAGAUCAGUGGAGUGAGCUGUGUAUGGACACGCUCGGCCGCUUCGGUUACGUGCUGGUGGCGUCUCAGAGGAUGCACAGUGUUUUGCUGCUGGUUUUCUCCAAGUUUUGCCACUUGCCGUUCCUGCGUGGGAUUCAGACCCAAAGCACGCGGACUGGUCUCGGUGGCUGUUGGGGAAAUAAGGGUGGUGUGAGUGUGAGGAUGAUGAUGUACGGUCACCCCGUGUGCUUUCUAAACUGCCAUCUGCCGGCUCACAUGCGGAACCUGGAGCAGCGCAUUGAGGACUUUGAAAGCAUCCUGCAGCAGCAGCAGUUCGAGGGCGGAGCCGCUGUGGGCGUGCUGGAUCAUGAUGUCGUGUUCUGGUUUGGUGACCUGAACUUUCGCAUUGAUGACUACGAUAUCCACGUGGUGAAAAGUGCAAUAGAGAACAAUAAACUGUCUGUGCUCUGGGAGAAAGAUCAGCUCAACAUAACGAAGAAGAGAGAGUCUGUGAUGGAUGAGUUUGUGGAAGGACCUCUAAAUUUCCCACCGACCUACAAGUUCGAUGUGGGAACACACACGUAUGACACAAGUGCUAAGAAGAGGAAACCUGCGUGGACAGACCGAAUCCUGUGGCGACUCCGCAGGACGGGUUCGCCCGUGCCGUCCCACAAUGCCGCGCUGCAGCGUGGUCUUACCUCCUGGCUCGGUGGGGCCACACGGGUCACGCAGUCCUUUUACCGCAGUCACAUGCGCUACACUGUUAGUGACCACAAACCUGUAUCCGCCCUCUUCUGUCUGCAUUUUCCCUUUAAGCUGGAUCUGCCAUUAGUCAAGCUGGAGGUGGAGAAAGAGUGGACCAAGGUGUCAGAUGCUUCAGCCAAGUUUACUACAGCAUCAGGUUUCCAGAGAAGCUCCUGGGACUGGGUAGGAUUGUACAAGGUGGGUUUCAAACACCACAAGGACUAUGCAGCCUAUGUCUGGGCCAAAACAGACCAUUCCACUCAGGUGACUUUUCCCGAAGAGGAUUUGCCUAGAGAUUCAGGAGAAUACGUGCUGGGUUACUACAGUCACAACAUGAACAGCAUUGUGGGAAUUACAGAGCCGUUCCAGGUUCAGCUACCUGUCUGUUCCCCUCCUGCCCCGCCGUGUCCGUCCCACUCGGAUAGUUCGGACGCAAGCUCUGAGGAUGACAGCACUCUGGUCCUGCUGGCUUCCAACUCACGCAGCCCGAGUCCCAGGACACGCUCCAAUAAACGGCAACAGCGGCACCAUCGCAGUCGCAGCCCGGCCGUACCUGCUCUGCAGUCCCUCAGUUUGAAACCCAGAGACUCUCCUGUUUCACCCCGCCAGGCCGCGAACACCAAGAAAGAGCGUCUGUUUUCCCCCGAGUCACCUUCUAUUAGUCCUCUGAGCCCUGCCAAUGGCAUCAGCGUCCCAGAAGCACUGGUUGCCGCAAUCCUAGGGGAACACAGAGCACCUCAGGGCCAGACCCCUGCCAAAAGCGGGGACUCUAACCGAUGACCACACAUCUGCUGUCCAAGACUUGUAGAACGCUAAUACAUAACAGCUACAAUGUGUGAGAGUCGUGUUUUUUUUAGAUGUAGCUCUGACCUGUUGCUGUGUCUCACUGCAGUCUGUUUCUGCACAUUUGUCUCUU